AGGGAGCUACCGCUGAGGUGAGGGAGGAAGGCAAGCCCAACCCUCCAUUCCCAGGACCUUUCCCAGGAAGCCGGCAGGCUGACCACACGCCAUUUUCCUUUCCUCACCCCCACGGGUACCAGCCCACCUCGAUGCUUCCACUCACCCAGCCUGGAAGACCACACACAGGAAAUGCAGCCUUCCCCAGGGUGACCCCUGCUGGGUCUAAGCUCCUACCGCCUCUGGCAUUUAAUCACACAGUUGGCCACAUAAUACUUUCUGAACACAAAGAUGUCAAGUUUAAUUGCUCGAUCACUAUACCUACGAUCUACCAAGACAGCGCAACUAUUUCUUGGUGGAAAGAUGGGAAGGAAUUGCUGGGGGCCCAUCAUGCAAUUACUCAUUAUUAUCCCGAUGAUGAAGUGACAGCAAUAAUUGCUUCCUUCAGCAUAACCAGCGUGCAGCGUUCAGACAAUGGGUCGUAUAUCUGCAAGAUGAAAAUAAACAAUGAAGAGAUCGUGUCUGAGCCGAUCUACAUCGAGGUGCAAGGACUUCCUCACUUUACCAGGCAGCCCGAGAGCUUGAAUGUCACCAGAAACACAGCCUUCAGCCUCACCUGUCAGGCUGUGGGCCCGCCCGAGCCCGUCAACAUUUUCUGGGUUCAAAACAGCAGCCGUGUUAACGAACAGCCCGAAACGUCCCCCUCCGUUCUGACUGUUCCCGGGCUGACCGAGACCGCAGUCUUCAGUUGUGAGGCCCACAACGACAAAGGACUGACUGUGUCCAAGGGCGCACAGAUCAACAUCAAAGCAAUUCCCUCCCCACCAACUGAAGUCAGGGUCCACAGCAGUACCGCGCACAGCAUCCUGAUCUCCUGGGUCCUGGGUUUUGAUGGAUACUCCCCGUUCAGCAAUUGCAGCAUUCAGGUCCAGGAAGUUGAUCUGCUGAGUAAUGGCUCAGUUAUGGUUUUUAACACCUCUGCUUCCCCACAUCUGUAUCAAAUCGAGCAGCUGCAAGCUCUGGCUAAUUACAGCAUCGGUGUGUCCUGCAUGAAUGAAGUCGGCUGGUCUGCAGUGAGCCCUUGGAUUCUGGCCAGCACGACCGAAGGAGCCCCAUCCGUAGCACCUCUGAAUGUCACUAUGUCUCUGAACGAGUCUAGCAACAAGGUGGACAUCAGAUGGGUCAAGCCUCCGAUUAAGAGGCAGGACGGGGAGCUGGUGGGCUACCGGAUCACUCACGUGUGGCAGAGCGCGGAGAUGUCCAAAGAGCUCUCGGAAGAAGUCAGCCAGAACGGCAGCCAUGCCCAGCUUUCUGUUCAGGUCCACAACGCCACGUGCACAGUGAGGAUCGCGGCCAUCACCAAAGGGGGAGUCGGGCCCUUCAGUGACCCGGUGGAAAUACCCAUCCCACCACACGGUUUGAUAGAUUUUGCCCCCUCGUCCACCCCAGCGCCUGGCAACGCAGAUCCUGUGCUCAUCAUCCUUGGCUGCUUCUGUGGAUUCGUUCUGAUGGGGUUGGUUUUGUACAUUUCUCUGGCCAUCAGGAAGAGACUCCAGGAGACAAAGUUUGGGAGCGCCUUCACAGAGGAGGAUUCGGAAUUAGUCGUCAGCUAUAUAGCAAAGAAGUCCUUCGGUCGGCGAGCCAUCGAACUCACCUUACACAGCUUGGGAGUCAGCGAAGAUCUGCAAAAUAAGCUAGAAGAUGUCGUGAUUGACAGGAACCUUCUAAUUCUUGGAAAAAUUCUGGGCGAAGGAGAGUUUGGGUCUGUCGUGGAAGGAGAUCUUAAUCAGCAAGACGGGACCUCGCAGAAGGUGGCGGUGAAAACUAUGAAGUUGGACAACUUUUCACAGCGAGAGAUUGAGGAGUUUCUCAGCGAGGCUGCGUGCAUGAAAGACUUUAACCACCCAAACGUCAUCCGACUGCUCGGUGUAUGUAUAGAAAUGAGCCCUCAAGGUAUCCCCAAGCCCAUGGUGAUCUUACCCUUCAUGAAAUACGGGGAUCUGCACACCUACUUACUCUAUUCCCGGCUGGACACGGGACCAAAGUACAUUCCUCUGCAGACACUCUUGAAGUUCAUGGUGGACAUCGCUCAGGGAAUGGAGUAUCUGAGCAACAGGAAUUUUCUUCAUCGAGAUUUGGCUGCUCGAAACUGCAUGUUGCGAGAUGACAUGACUGUCUGCGUCGCGGACUUUGGCCUCUCUAAGAAGAUUUACAGUGGCGAUUACUAUCGGCAAGGCCGCAUCGCUAAGAUGCCCGUGAAAUGGAUCGCCAUAGAGAGUCUCGCGGACCGGGUUUACACAAGUAAAAGUGACGUGUGGGCAUUUGGCGUGACCAUGUGGGAAAUAGCCACACGAGGAAUGACUCCCUAUCCCGGAGUCCAGAACCACGAAAUCUAUGACUAUCUGCUCCAUGGGCACAGGCUGAAGCAGCCCGAGGACUGCCUGGAUGAGCUGUAUGAGAUAAUGCACUCUUGCUGGAGAGUUGAGCCCUUGGACCGACCCACUUUUUCCGUGUUGAGGCUGCAGCUCGAAAAGCUCUUGGAAAGUUUGCCUGCAGUUCAGGACAAAGCCGAUGUCCUUUAUAUCAACACCCAGUUUCCGGAGAGCGGUGAGGGCCCGGCCGAGGGCUCGGCACUGGCUCAGCUGGACAAGAGCCUCGAUCCUGGCUCCAUCACUGCUUCCUGCAUCCCCGGUGCUGCCGUCAGUGUGGUCACGGCGGAAGUACAUGAGAACAGACCUCACGAGGGACGGUACAUCCUGAACGGGGGCAGCGAGGGAUGGGAGGAUCAGGCUUCUGCCACCCCAGCGACGGGGACAGCGGGAAAGAACAGUGUGUUACCAGAGGACAGACCUGUAAGGAAUGGGGUCACCUGGUCCCAGUCCAGCACGCUGCCCUUGGGGAGCCCAUCAUCAGACGAACUUUUGUUUGCUGACGACUCCUCAGGAGGCUCAGAAGUCCUCAUGUGAGGGGAGCAGGGACACAUUCCCAAACCAAGGAAAUUCCACCUUAGAAGAAUCCACGUACACUUGAUGUUUUUGGUAUUUGUCCUCCUUACCAAGUAAACACCAUGGCCCGAAAGCACCACAUGAAUGUUGUCAAGUAAGUCAUCAUUUAAAAUACAUAAUAUAUAUUUAUUUAAAGAGAAAAUAUCUAUAUGUAUAUGGUGGAAAGAGACAAAAGAUUUUUCUAUUUUAAUAAAAGAUGACUUAGCUCGUGUCACUGAUCUCACAGAUCUUAAAAUUUAAGCUCUCACAGCCUCAUCCCUACAGCAGUCCCUUGACGUUAACAUUUGCACAAAGUUGGUUUUUUUUAAGGUUCUUUUCCUUUUUCAUGACUGUUAAAUAUUUGUAAAAUGAAACGCCCAAUUUGGCUUUGCUUCUGGUCUUAAGGAAAAUCCGAUACCCCUACAUGAAUCAUCUAUUUGAUAAGCAUGAUUCAUUUCAUAGUGAAAGUUUUUUAACUAAUUAAUUCUCUGAUACGGCUUCCUAAUAAAAUAUGAAUGAGGAAGGAUGUGUUGUACUUACUUGAGACUUGGAAAGACAUGGUCCCCGGCUGCCUCGGUGCCUUUGCAAAGGAGUUCCCUUGAUGCUUUGCCCUCGAGAUGAAACUGCUCUGACCAUUCUUGGCUUUGUUUUUUGAAAAAUAUGGAAAAACCACUCCAGAGAGCCUAAAGAUGAAGAACAACAAAAAAAUAUUAAAAGGGAAAAAUACAAUCUGAGUGGAAAGAUUUCAAAUAAAUUGCAGAAGGGAGUCCAAGAGGUGAAGCCCUUUUCUGUGGGAAGGCGCGACUCGUGAGAGGGUGGGAGGGGGACGUGGGCAGUGGGCCGGGAGCAAGCUUAGAGUCAGAACCCCUGAGUUCACACCCUGGCUCCGCGGGGACAUAAAAGCCAUCACUGGUUGAGCACUUGUUACGUCUCAAGCACUUUAUGUGAACUGUACGUCUCAUCUGCACAUCAUUAAUGUGGGUACCAGUGCCAUCAUCACACCUGGGCCAGAACACCGAGGACGGUGAGGAUGACUAAUCUGCUGCGACCCACGUCUAGAGAGGGCUGGAGCCAGAAUUCUGAACCAAGUCACCCAAUUCUGGGUGGCUCUAAGCAUAUGAUUUGGGGGUCUGUUCCAGAGCCUCUGACCUUUUCAUGUUGUUUAACAGUCACAUAGAUAUCACUUACUAUGUGGCCAGGCAGGGCGCUCAUUUAAUCCUCAUAACAACCCUACCAGGUGGGUACUGUUAUUAUGUCCACUUCACAGAUGGGCAGACUGAGGCAAGAGGAGGCUAACUUACUCUGCUAGUAAAGCAGUAGAUGGAUGCAGUCAGUUUCAGUGUUGAGCCCUUAGCCCUCAGGGCAGCCAUGCAGGCCCAGGGCCACUGACAUCCUCAGGCCUGUUGCUUUUCACUUGUGAACAGCCUCACUCAAACCACCGCAGCCUGCAAGGAUCAACAUCUGCACUGGGCCCUCACAGCCUGGGUCCUGGUCCCUGCUGCCAGUCCCAGUGCCCUGGCCUCCAGGUGAACCGGCUCUACUGUUCUGUGGGGUACUCCAGACAUGAAAGUUCUGAGUUAGGAAAGAAUCUGCAUUGUUACAAGAAAGGCCAGCAUCAUAUUUAACCCGUGAAAGGGUGGGGGGGAGCUAUUAGACCCUAUAAAGAUAAUUUCUACUGUUGGAAAUUUUUGAAUGGUUGUCUAAAAAUCAAUAAAAAUCAAUAAAAAAUGUUCUAUCACCUACUUGUGCAAAUAAAGUUUCUUGUUGAUGAUGA